AUGAUCUGUUAUAGUUUUACUGUAGCAAAUGUUAGGGCUGCAGCUCAGAUUGCUCAGAAGCGUGUACAAGCCUCCCUGUUGUUUGUUACCCUCAAGAAGUUGAACCGGCUGGAGAAGUUCAGAACAAACCAGGCUCGGGAGAAACUUCACAAAGCAAAACAGCAAGCGGACAGUUGUCACCUGCAACUUGAGAAUUUGCUCUAUGAAAUCCUACACCUCAAAAAGGAAGUCACCAAGUGCUUACAGUUUAAAUCAAAAGAUGAAGAAAUUGACUUGGUACCGUUAGAAGAGUUUUACAGUCAAGCUCCGGAGUCGAUCUCAAGACCGGAAGUGACAAAGGUGGACACUCACCAGCAGCAGUUGGCCAGACUGGAGUGGGAGUUGAAGCAACGUAAACAGUUGGCAACUCUGUGUCAAGAUCUGCAGGCUGAGAAAGAGAAGGUGGCCUCGGAAAUAAACAGGAAACAGUCACAACUUGACAACUUAGCUCCCAUGCUGAAGGAGGUUUUGACAGUAGCGAAACCAGUGCAGGAGACUCUAGGCUUGACGACAGGUCCUUCACCAUCUCAGCAGAAAGCAGCCCAGUUAUUGCCUCACCCACUUUACUUCCUGUUUGUACAGGCUGACGCUCUGAGAGAGGCUGGAGACAAAUCAAUAUCUGUGAAGAUCGAAGGUGACGAAGAGGAUGCUCUGAGAUUGAAACAGACAGUGGUGGAAACUUCCACUCCAGAUGAUUCCGACUCUGACACUCAAGAGAUUGAUACAAACGUGUAUGCAAAAGUCUUGUCCAAGCCUGCCCCUCCUAUAGGAUACGAAUUUUAA